CUCAACCUGGGCACCUGAAGCUUGCUGCUGCUCCUGUUCAAGAUACCCAUUGCUUCUAUCACUGGUUCCACUCCACGGUGUAUUGCUCUCCGAGCGAAUAGCUCCAUACUUCUUGUGAAUAACUUCGCAAUCUACUCUGUUCUUUUUGAUCCAUUAAUCGGCGAACCCAGGAGUCUUCGCGCACAUCAUGUCGGACGGUACCUUGUUCAAGCCGGAUAAGGACUUCACGAAAGAUGUCGACCAGCAAAUCCCCGAAGCUCAAGAGCUAGCAAAGACAAGUUUACAAGGCGCCAUCGACAAGCUAUUGGCUCUUGAGAAGCAAGCUAGACAGUCGUCCGACCUUCCUUCAACCUCCAGACUUCUAGUUGCGAUAUGUACAUUGUGCAAAGACGCCGGCGAUUGGCCGCUUCUGAAUGAGCAUGUUGUUGCUUUAUCAAAGAAACAUGGCCAGCUUAAGCAGGCGACGACGAAGAUGGUACAGGUGGUGAUGGGCUUUCUCGACGAGACUCCCAACAUGGACGUCAAGAUGUCGCUGAUCGAGACGUUGAGAAACGUUACGGAAGGGAAGAUCUUCGUCGAAGUCGAAAGGGCUCGGGUAACGCGCAUUUUAUCCGAGAUAAAGAAAUCUCAAGGCGACAUUGCUGCUGCUGCGGACAUCCUGUGCGAGCUUCAAGUGGAGACCUUUGGGUCCAUGGCCAGAAGAGAAAAGACAGAGUUCAUUCUUGAACAGGUUGCGUUAUGUAUAGCUAGAGGAGACUGGACCCAGGCCAAAAUACUGAGCCGAAAGAUCAACACAAGAUACUUUGCGCGAAAGCCCAAGAAGACACCAGAGGAGAUUGAGAAGCAGAAGAAAGAAGAGGAGGAGCGAGAACGCCAGCGAAAGCCGGAUGAGCCACCGGUGGAGAAGGAGGAAGAUGUGACGGAUCUUAAACUGAUGUAUUACGAACAGCAGAUUGCCCUAGCGAAUCAUGAGGAUCAGUACCUUGAGGUUUGCAAGCACUAUCGACAAGUACUUGACACAGAAUCUGUGGAGGAGAACCCAGAUCAACUUCGAGCAACACUUCAACGUAUCAUCUAUAAUGUCGUUCUAGCCCCUUAUGACAAUGAGCAAUCUGAUCUUCUCUACCGUAUCAAAGCCGAUUCUCGCAACUCACUCGUUCCCGUCGAGUCGCAAUUGAUCAAACUCUUUACGACUCACGAACUCAUGCGCUGGCCAGUGGUCUCCGAGCAAUUUGGCCCUCACCUGUGCGGCACCGAUGUCUUUGACGCCCUUCCAGGUCAGUCUAUGGAUGACAAGCCAAAUCGCAGAUGGCAGGACCUCCGCAAGCGAGUUAUCGAGCACAACAUCCGUGUUGUUGCGAAAUACUACACCCGUAUUCAAACCAGCCGCCUGACCGAGCUCCUCGACCUCGAUGAAGCUGAAACCGAGAAAUACAUCAGCGACUUGGUUACGUCGAAGACAAUCUACGCCAGAAUCGAUCGACCGGCAAGGAUCGUAAGCUUCGCUAAGCCACGAGAUGCGGAUGAUGUGUUGAAUGAGUGGAGCGGCAGUAUGCAGAGUUUGCUGGGACUACUGGAGCGCAUCGAUCAUUUGAUCACGAAGGAAGAGAUGAUGGCACGCAUUUUACCUUCGAAAUCAGAGAGGGCAAAGGCUCGUUGA